UCCAAAAUACCAGUUUUUUCUUUCUGCAGGAAAAGAAGAUGAAAGUCAAGAUCUUGCGUGGCAUGCUAUUGGUUCAUGGACUUGGGAUGCCAAAGAUGAAUCAUGUGGAAUUUGUAGGAUGGCAUUUGAUGGUUGUUGUCCUGAUUGCAAACUCCCGGGGGAUGAUUGCCCACUAAUUUGGGGUGCAUGUAACCAUGCGUUCCAUCUUCAUUGCAUCUUGAAGUGGGUGAAUUCACAAACACCGCAAGCACAUUGUCCCAUGUGCCGCAGAGAAUGGCAGUUUAAAGGAUGAUUAUUGUCAACUUCUCUUUUCCAAGUUUGGGUUGCCCAUUUGCUCUGCUGAAAUCUUUUUCUUUUCCCCCAAGUGGAAUUUUCUCUCGCAUUUUUUACAUUAUCAAAUUGGUUUAAUUGAAUCAAUCAGACUAGUGUAAUUUUUCAAGAUGUUAAAUUGAUUAAGUUGAUUUGCUACCCUCUCCAA